UGCUUCUGCUGCCUCUUCUUCGGUUUGGGCCAGCAACGCGAUACUUGGCCAACAGUUGCCGCAUGGACAACGCUUCGACAGCAGGUUGGAAAAAUGUCGACACGGACAAAGAAGGCGAGCUGCUCCAACGCCAUCGAGUUGGGAAAUUCUGCAAUAGGUAAUUGCUGGCCGACCAUCCUGACGCUGGCCAUGCUCAUGCUGGCCAACUUGGUCGACGCACUGAAGAGCGGGGAUUCCAUUCAGUUGGCAACCGGGAGCCCACCAUCACUGAGCAUAAACAAUGCGGACAGCAGCCUGGAGCAGCUCAUCGAGAUGCGGCUGAAUGAGUCUGCGUCCGCAUCCGUCCAGAACAGCCAGUCAGCCAGCCAGGAGCUGUUGUCCCGGAAACGACGUUAUUUGGUAUUUCCGGAGGGCAGCUCCUUUCAGAUGGUGUACGACGAGAUUGUGGGAAUGGUGGACCACACGAACUACUUGAUUCUGGGCAUUACGGUGGCGCUGGCCUGGGAGCUGCCCAGCAAGCCGCCCAGCGAGGAGCUGGACGAUCUGCUGACCAAGUUGGAGGACGGCACAAUAGACAUCAGUCGCAACGACACCGUGUCGAACAUAACCUACGUGGAUGUGGAUGUGGAUGUGGAUGCCUCCACUACCACGACGAGCAGGCCGGCGGCGGACUACAAGCCCAACUACAUCAAUUUGUCGAGUUACGGCUCCUCCUCCGCCUCGAGUGGCAGCAACUCCUACUACAACUCCUACUACAGCCAUUCGCCCGUCUUCCGCACUCCGAUGCAUCCGUCGCAUCGAUUGGCGGAUAGUUAUUACUCCUCACGUCCAAAGGGGGGCAGGCGGAAGGAUAACCACUACUACUACAGCUCCAGCAAUCCAUUCGCCAAGUGGACGAGGCCCUACUCUCACGCCCAGAACUCACGCUAUCCCUACUGGGCUCUAAACUCAAGACUCAAAGAUAGAUACUACGGCUACAAAAGUCAACAGGCAGCACCGCCGGUGGCGCAGCGGCGACAGGACAGCACCACCACCACCACCACCACCAGUCGACCCACUCGCAGGCCAGCUCCUCGACAUCAUCGCAUAUAUCCGGUGUUUGGCAAGCGCAGCAUUCCGGAUGCAGCCAAUCCGCAUAAACGCCAGCGACGCAGCGGAGUGGCCACCGAGCACGAGGACAAGAUGAGCCGCCUGGAGCAACUCCAGAUCAAGCACCAUCGCAGUAGCAGACAGUCGUUGUACGAGAGAAUCGAGAAGUAUCUGGACAAACGAGGUCACCAUGGCCACCACUGCGUACUGCGAACGCUCUGUGAAACGGGCCAGAAGUCGGAGGAGGAGGAGCCCGGCACCUUCGUGGGCGAACUGAUGCGUGCGGUGUUCACCCUUCCGGAAGCCAUGGACAACGAACCGGUUGCCUAUCGCGACACCCACUACGACAAGGCGCAUGCCACCAAGGCGGACUGUGCCGCCCUCUAUCCGGAGUGCAAGCAGUCCAUGUGGCAGGCCCAGUUCAUACAAUAAACACCCAUUCCCCAAGUC